CCCUCACCAGGCCAGGCCAGGCGCCCGUCCGUGACACGUGCGGCAGCCGAGGCGCGGCAGCACCCGCCCGUCGCCGACCGCGCCCUCUCGGCCGAUCGUCACAGAGCUGGGAACAGAGCCGCCGCCAUGCUGGACCGUGAUCCAGUGACGUCACCGCCCUUCUGGGGGACUCAGGCAUCGCCCCAAAAAUCCGCACCGCAAGAAGAGGCUGGCGGGCCUGAAUACCGGCAGCGCGAGACGUGGGCGAACAACGCCGAGUUCGUGCUCUCUGUGAUGGGCUUCUGCGUCGGCCUGGGCAACGUUUGGCGCUUCCCCUACCUCUGCUACAAGAACGGCGGAGGUGCCUUCCUCAUUCCCUACCUGACCUGCCUGGUAACUGGCGGCGUGCCCAUGUUCUUCCUGGAGGUGGGCAUCGGCCAGUUCAUGGGCGAGGGCGGUAUCUCGGUCUGGAAGCUCUGCCCAGUGUUCACAGGUAUCGGCUACGGCACGACGGUCAUCUCGUUCCUCCUCAACAUCUACUACAUCGUGAUCCUGGCCUGGGGCCUGCUCUACAUGUUCUACUCGUUCCAGUCGCCUCUGCCCUGGGCGACGUGCCACAACGCGUGGAACACGCCGCUCUGCUCCACCUUCCAGGGCGUCAACGGCACCAACGCCACCGACGUGGCCGAAGGCGCCACAGAUCCCGUGGUGGAGUUCUGGGAGAACAACAUUCUUGGCGUCAGCUCUGGAAUCGAUGAGGUGGGUGUGCCACAGUGGAGGCUGGUGCUGACCCUGCUCCUCGCCUGGAUCAUGAUCUACUUCAUCGUCUGGAAGGGUAUCAAAUCUUCCGGCAAGGUGGUCUACUUCACUGCUACCUUUCCGUACAUCAUGCUGGCCGUGUUGCUGGUUCGCGGAGCGACGUUGCCUGGCGCAGGACUUGGCAUCAUCUACUACCUCACCCCCGACUUCAGCAAGCUAGUCGAGGCACAGGUCUGGAUCGACGCCGGGACGCAGAUAUUCUUCAGCUACGCCAUAGCCUUGGGCUCCAUGACUGCGCUUGGUUCCUACAACAAGUUCAACAACAACUUCGUCAAGGACUGCACGCUGCUGGCCGUUGUCAAUAGCCUCACCAGCUUGUUUUCCGGUUUCGUCGUCUUCAGUGUGCUCGGCUUCAUGGCCCAGGAGCAGGGAGUGCCGGUGGCCGCCGUGGCCAAGUCCGGACCCGGGCUGGCCUUCAUCGCGUACCCCAAGGCCGUAUCAAUGAUGCCGCUGGCGCCGCUCUGGGCCGUGCUGUUCUUCUUCAUGCUGCUCACGCUGGGACUGGACUCGCAGUUCGUGGCCGUCGAGGGCUUCGUCACCGCAAUUGUCGACGUGUUUCCACAAUACCUGAGGGUCGGCAGGCGCCGGGAGCUGUUUAUACUGGCGACGUCAGCAGUCAGCUUCCUUAUUGGCCUGUUCCUGGUUACCAAUGGCGGCGUCUACGUCUUCACCCUGUUCGACUACUACUCCGCCUCGGGCAUGGUGCUGCUGUGGUUCUGCUUCUUCGAGUGCGUCGCCGUCGCUUGGGUGUACGGCUGCGGCCGGUUCUACGACAACAUACAGAUGAUGACGGGCUCCCGACUGGGGCCCUGGCUGCGCAUCUGCUGGACCUUCCUGACGCCGGCGGCGCUGACAGCGCGGUGA